AUUUUACUUUUGGAACUAAAUAUGUAUAACAAAAAAAAUGAGAUACCACUUUAGAAAUAGCAAUCAUUACCAAAUUUUAAUCUAAAACAAAAUCAAGAAGUACAAUCAUUUAUAAUCAAUUAUAGGAAGAAAUCGAUUUACAAAAAUUAAUUACAUAUUCAAGAAAAUCAAAUAAUACUCUAUUUUUAAAAGAGUAUUACUUGACUUAAGAAAAAGCUUACUACUUUAUUAUUAGAAUUAAAUUAAGAGGAAAGGAUGAAUAAAAGUUAUUUGAAACAAAUCCAGAUUUAAUAUUCGUGUUAAGAAGAGGACUUACAAUCUUAAAUUUGAAUAAUAGUUACACUAUUUUAAGAAAAGGACUUCCAAAAUUUUAUGAUUUGUAUUUAGAAAUAUUAAUAUAGAGGUGACUUUUGGAGAGAAAAUGCAUAAAAUGAAAAUUAGUUUUUAUAUAAAAACUAAUUACAUUAGGCUUAUCAGUCAUUAAAAUUAAGUAUUCCUGUAACUAUUGUUUAAUAAUAAUAAGAGAAUGGAGAAAAUUUUUAAAUUUCUUUUUCUUCAAUUUUAUAAACAUGGAUUAUUUCAUCAAAAAAUGUCUCUAUAUUUUGUAGGAACUAUGAAGAUUAUUUAUUAAAUUGCCCUAAUAAGGAUAUUGAUUGUCCAGAAAGAUUACCUUGGUAGAUUGCUAAAAUUUGGUUCUCUGAUAUGAUUGAUAGAAAUGGAGAAUAAUUAUAAUAAGAUUUAACAGAUUUUACAUUGUUGGGUGAAUUUGUUCAUAAUCCUUUUUUUAUUCACAUUAUUGAAUACUAAUAACCAGCCUUAAUAUUUUUUGCAUUAAUCAAUAAUCAUGUAAUCAUCUAUUAUUUUUUUAAGUAAAGGAAUUUUUGUUGUCAUACAAUAUAAGCAGAACAUUUGGCUAAUAAACAUAAUCUCCAUUUUGUGAAGACUAAAUAUAUGUAAGCAAAUAAAUAAAUUAUAUUGGAUAAUCAUUUAUCAAGAAUUUAUGAUAAUAUAAAACAAAGUCCUAUGUCUAUAUCAGGAGAAGGUGUAGUAAUUUAUUUGUUUAAUGAAUUUGAAUGUUUGUCAAUUAGUAAAAUAAAAACUAUAGAAUGUAUUUGAUAAAUAUAUGUGAGAUGAAUAGCAUAAAUUAUUUAGAACAAAAUUGACCACAUUAAUUUAAUACUAUUAAGAAACUCAAUUAAGUUAUGCAGAUGUAUACUAAUAAGAGGCUAAUGAUUUGAAUUAAUAUGAUGAUAGAGAGAUCACUAGAUUUAUUGAAUUGAAUACUCACAUAUUGUUGAGUUUGCAAUAGUAAAGAUUUUAUUUAUUUUAGCUAUCUAAUAAAUAUUAAAUAGAAAGAUAUUAUUUAUUAAGAAUAAAUUUAUAAAUUUUGUUCAAAAUACUAUAUGUAGUUUUAUACUCAGAUAGUAGAAUUAACAAAAUCCCAUAAUGUAAAAAAUUAUGAAUUAGACAAUAUAUUCAAAUACUUUGACUAAUUGGAAAAUAUUUAGGCGUAUCAAAAUUAAGAUUAAUAAAAAAAAAAUGAGAUCUAAAUAGAAAAGAAUUUAAAUGAAUUAAUGUAAAAUUGA